AUGAGUCGCUCACAUUUACCACCUCUUGACAAAGACGAUAGCUACUUAGGUAAUAGUGAUGACCCAUAUUUCGUAGUAGGAGAUAGUAGAGGACAUGAAAGCUCUAGUGAUGGUAGUGAUCAUAGUAAUGAAAAUAAUUCAACUGAUAGAAUUUUGUUUUAUUCACCAAACAAUGAAGUAGUGUUCAGACAUUUGUGCGUAAAUGUUACACUUGAGGAAAUAAAUAUGUUUAAUGAUAACGAAAAUGGCUUUGAUUGGUCUUGUACUAGUUGCAGAACGAUUGGAAAUCAAAUAAAGGAUCUUAAAGCUUUAAUACUGAUGCUUCAAGAAGAAGUCAAAAGCCUCAAAGAGGAUAAUAAACAAUUAGGGAAUUCUAAUAAUUCAAUAGUGUUUGAAGAAGUUGUCCAAGAAAUUAAUGAGCGAAAUAAACGGAAGCGCAAUAUUAUUAUUUUUGGGGUGCCAGAACAGGAUCAGGUCCUAUCAACAGAAGAUCGAAGCGAAAAUGAUAAAACAGUAGUAAAGAGCAUUAUAAAAUACAUUGAUCGGAGCAUAGAUCUAAAACAUCUGAAGCCAAUUAGACUUGGUCGUUUUAGUUAUAGCCGAAAUAGACCAAUGAAGAUUACAAUGGAGGAAGAAACCGAUGUCAAUAGUUUGAUUAAGCAAGCCAGUUCAUUAAAGAAUGGAAAAUAUAAACAUGUUUCUAUUUCCUUUGACCGUACUAAAAGGCAAAUAGACUAUUAUAGACAGUUGAAAAUGGAACUGGAUGAGAAAAACAAUAAAGGUACUGAAAAGUUUAGAAUCAGAUACGUUGAUGGUAAGAAGUUGUAA